CAACAUAACGGCACGAUCACGAGAUUCAUCUUCCUUAUCAUCUGAUGUCAGUUUAAAAUAGUCUGAGCGCGAACUCGGCUACUGUGUGAGUUUUAAUAGAGGACCUUGCACACCUUUGUUUUACCUUAAACGGGGUCCUAGAAAUCGUACAGGAUGGGGGCUAUGUUCCGGAGCGAGGAGAUGGCUUUGUGCCAACUCUUCAUUCAGCCCGAGGCGGCUUAUACCUCCGUCUCAGAGCUUGGUGAAGCCGGCAGCGUGCAGUUCAGAGAUUUAAAUCCGGACGUAAAUGCUUUCCAAAGGAAAUUCGUUAAUGAGGUGCGCCGUUGCGAUGAAAUGGAACGCAAACUCCGGUACAUCGAGGCUGAGGUGCACAAAGAUGGUGUCCACAUUCCCGCCGUCAAGGAAGCCCCCCGUGCUCCCAACCCGAGGGAAAUCAUUGACUUGGAGGCACAUUUAGAGAAAACCGAAAACGAAAUUCUCGAGCUGUCACACAACGCGGUCAACUUGAAACAAAACUAUCUGGAGUUGACCGAAUUGAGACAUGUCCUUGAAAAGACCGAAGCUUUCUUCACCGCACAGGAGGAAAUCGGCAUGGAUUCUUUGACCAAAUCUUUAAUAUCUGACGAGACUGGUCAACAAGCGGCCACUCGCGGCCGCCUCGGGUUCGUUGCGGGCGUGGUUCAGCGCGAGCGCGUGCCCGCAUUCGAACGGAUGCUGUGGCGUAUCUCGAGAGGCAACGUCUUCCUGCGACGUGCUGAACUGGAUAAGCCGCUCGAAGAUCCUGCUACGGGUAACGAGAUCUACAAGACCGUAUUCGUUGCGUUCUUCCAAGGCGAACAGCUAAAGUCUCGCAUCAAGAAAGUGUGCACCGGUUUCCACGCCUCGCUGUACCCAUGCCCGCCUUCUAACACCGAACGACAGGACAUGGUCAAGGGAGUCAGGACCAGACUCGAAGACCUUAACAUGGUCUUGAACCAAACCCGCGACCACAGACAACGUGUGCUUGCAAGUGUUGCCAAGGAGCUGACCAGCUGGACUAUAAUGGUGAGGAAGAUGAAGGCCAUCUACCACACCCUAAACCUGUUCAACAUGGAUGUCACGAAGAAGUGCCUCAUCGGUGAAUGCUGGGUGCCGACUGCUGAUCUACCCAACGUACAGAAGGCACUGGCUGAUGGUUCGAACGCAUGCGGCAGUUCGAUCCCGUCGUUCCUGAACUGCAUCGAGACUGACGAGGAGCCGCCCACCUUCAACAGGACCAACAAGUUCACGCGCGGCUUCCAGAACCUCAUCGAUGCUUACGGAGUCGCCUCUUACCGCGAAUGUAACCCGGCUUUGUACACGAUCAUAACGUUCCCGUUCUUGUUCGCUGUGAUGUUCGGCGACCUUGGUCACGGCUGCAUCAUGGCGAUGUUCGGCGGCUGGAUGGUCGUGAAGGAAGUCUCGCUCGCCGCCAAGAAAUCGAACAACGAAAUCUGGAAUAUAUUCUUCGCGGGCCGCUACAUAAUCCUGCUCAUGGGCUGCUUCUCUAUGUACACCGGCCUCGUGUACAACGAUAUCUUCUCCAAGUCUCUGAACAUAUUUGGCUCCUCUUGGCACAUCCCGUACGACAACCACACGCUCGCUGAGAACGGCGCCUUGACGCUCGACCCUAAAGACGCCUACACCGAAGUGCCAUACUUCAUCGGUAUCGACCCUAUUUGGCAGAGCGCUGACAACAAGAUUAUCUUCCUCAACUCGUACAAAAUGAAGCUGUCUAUCAUAUUCGGUGUAAUCCACAUGAUAUUCGGUGUCUGCAUGAGCGUGGUCAACUACAAUUUCUUCAAGCGUCGCUACUCCAUCUUCCUCGAGUUCCUCCCUCAGAUCGUCUUUCUGGCGCUACUGUUCUUGUACAUGGUGUUCAUGAUGUUCUUCAAAUGGAUCGCGUACAGCACUAAGAAUGAUGAGCUGGCGUACACCCAAGGCUGCGCUCCGUCGGUGCUGAUCCUGUUCAUCAACAUGAUGCUGUUCUCGAAGAACGUCCCGGAGGAGGGCUGCAAGGAGUUCAUGUUCGACGCUCAGAGCGACAUCCAGCGCGUGUUCGUGUUCAUCGCGCUGCUCUGCAUCCCCGUCAUGCUGCUCGGGAAGCCGCUGUACCUGCUCGCCACUAAGAAGAACAACCCCAAGCCCGAACAUUCCAACGGCAGCGUCAACCAAGGCAUCGAGCUGCAGGAGCAGACCGACCUCGGCGACGUGCAGCCCAAGCCCGAAGCUAAGUCCAGCGGCGGGCACGACCACGAGGACGAGCCCUUCAGCGAGAUCAUGAUCCACCAGGCCAUCCACACCAUCGAAUACGUACUCAGCACCAUCUCUCACACAGCCUCCUACCUCCGACUCUGGGCCUUGUCGCUCGCCCACGCUGAGUUGUCCGAAGUACUAUGGAACAUGGUGCUGACGUUCGGCUUGAAGGACCAUAACUACGUGGGCGCCAUCAAGCUGUACGUGGCGUUCUGUUUCUGGGCGCUGUUCACGCUCGCCAUCCUCGUCAUGAUGGAGGGACUCUCCGCAUUCUUGCAUACUCUGCGUUUGCACUGGGUUGAAUUCAUGAGCAAAUUCUACGCCGGUCUGGGCUACAUCUUCCAGCCAUUCUGUUUCAAGACGAUCCUCGAACAAGAGGAAAAUAAAGAUGAUUAAAUAUAUUACAUAUAUUAUGUAACAUGAUAAAAAAUAUACUUACGUAGUUUAGUAUCAAAACAGUAUUGUUUGAUUGUUCCACAAGGACGUAGUUUUGUAAAAGGUCACACAAUUCGUGAAUAAAAUAUAUAUUUAUGAA